GCGCUUGACAUGGCGGCCGGGCCGGACUGAGCCGCUGGCGUCGGGGCCUCCAGCAGCUGGAGCCGGGCAUGGCGGGGGCGCAGCCCCGGCACCCCUAGCGCCGCAGCCAGUAGACAAUCAGCUACGAUCCUUGCCUGCACAGUGGAUUUAAAAAUCAACUGCAUAUUGCUGAAGAAUUGCACUUCAAGUGGUCUCAGAGACAGGAGAAGCAGGUCUUCACUAUAAUGGAAGAGGCCAAGAGCUCAAAGAAUGGAAAUCAUGACCCAAGGAAGUCUGUCCGUCUUGUCUGUGAGGAAGGCAAAGCAGUCAAAGUUACAAAUAAUCAAAACUAUAAACACAAUAGAAAUGACAAAUCUGUGAAGGAUGUUGGGAGAAGUUCUCCAAGUGGGAAUAGCAGCAAAAAAAGUAAACAAAAUGAUGCUUGUUCUGAAAAACAAGGAGAAAAUAAAUCAUUCAAAGUAAAUAGUUGUAUUGCUGGAACUAAAGAUACGGGGUCAAAUGUUCAGGAUCGAAGUCAUGGAAAAGCAAAAAAAUUUUCUAAUUUAUCACCAGCAGUGGAAAACCUGAAACAGACAAAAGCUCAACCAUUGGGAGAAAACUUUCCAGGCUCCCAUGUUUCAGGGAAUGGGGUCAAUACAGAAAGCUUAACAGCUACACAGAAAGGGAAACUGGUGUUGGAAAAUCCACUGGGAGUUCAUACGUUGAAGACUAGUGUUGAUCAGACUGGUGAUCCUGGUAAGACUGCUUCAGAUCAAAGAAAAAUGGAACAUAAGCCUGAUGACUUCAGUAAAAUGAAGAAUUCUGAAUCAACUAAAGAACAUACUUUGGAAGCUGAUUAUUUAGAAAACACCACUGUUAUUGAUGAAUCCAAUCUGACAGCUGAACAGCAACUAGGAUUGAAACAAGCUGAAGAACGUCUGGAAAGAGAUUAUAUCUCCCGACUUGAAAAACGCUCCCCAGAAUACACCAACUGUCAGUAUCUAUGCAAGCUCUGCUUAGUUCACAUUGAAAAUAUCCAGGGAGCUCACAAGCAUAUUAAAGAAAAACGUCAUAAGAAAAAUAUAAUGGAAAAACAAGAAGAAAAUGAGCUGCGUGCCCUCCCACCCCCCUCUUCUGCUCAGCUGGCUGCUCUGAGUUUUACACUCAUUGAGGCAGCAAAUGAACAAGGCAUAUCAGAUGAUGACUUCAAAAUUCGUCAAGAAAUUGUAAACGAGAUGGAGAAAAUUAUUCAACAGCCCUUACCAGAGUGUUCACUGAGGAUGUAUGGCUCCUGUUUAACUAGGUUCGCUUUUAAGACCAGCGAUGUUAACAUUGAUAUAAAAUUCCCCCCUAAGAUGAGUCAACCAGAUGUUCUGAUACAGGUGCUUGAAAUCUUGAAGAACAGUGCUGUCUACUCAGAUGUGGAGUCAGAUUUCCAUGCCAAAGUUCCUGUUGUCUUUUGCAAAGAUGUUAAAAGUGGUUUGACAUGUAAAGUAAGUGCUAGAAAUGAUGUGGCUUGCCUUACAACUGACCUGCUGGCUGCACUUGGUAAACUGGAGCCUGUCCUUAUUCCCUUGGUUUUGGCUUUCCGCUACUGGGCUAGACUCUGUCACAUUGACUGUCAGGCUGAAGGUGGGAUUCCCUCAUAUUCCUUUGCCUUAAUGGUGAUAUUUUUCCUUCAACAAAGAAAACCACGUAUUUUACCAUCCUAUUUGGGCAAUUGGAUUGAAGGCUUUGAUUCAAAGAGGCCAGAUGACCACCAGCUGAAAGGUAUAGAAGAAGAGGAGUUUGUACGGUGGGAGUACAAACCACCAACAAAUGGUGCAGCAAAAAACUCAGUUGGAGCGGAAAGUAAAACUAAAGUUGAACAACAAAAAGGUGGUGGCAAGAAGGUAACAAGCUCGGAAGUGGACAACCAAAAUAAUGCAAAGGAGAAACACGGCAAUUCUCUCUUAGCAUUCAAAACCCCUCACCAAGUUUCACUGGGGCAACUGUGGUUAGAACUGUUGAAGUUUUACACACUGGAAUUUGCUUUGGAGGAAUACGUCAUCAGCAUACGGGUACAAGAACUCUUGACCAGAGAGAAUAAAAACUGGCCUAAAAGGCGAAUAGCCAUUGAAGACCCUUUUGCACUAAAGAGGAAUGUUGCACGAAGUCUAAAUAGCCAGAUGGUAUUUGAGUACAUCCUGGAGCGAUUUAGGACAGCGUAUAAAUAUUUUGCAUGUCCGCAAAGUAAAGAUGGGAUUAAAUCCAAACCAGAUACCAAGAAAAAAGAAAAAGGGAAAAUGAAUAAUAAGAAAUCCACAAGAUCUGAAGAGCCUGUAGCCAACUGUUGCCUUCCACAAGGAGAAAAAGUUGUAGAUAAACAAAAUAUAGGAAGUGGAUGUAACAUACCAGAGAAUGAACUUGAAUGUAAUGAAGCGGUAGAAGCUGUAGCCAAAAGAUGUACUUCCAGGAACAUAGACUCUUUGCUACUUUCAACAUUGGACUCUAGUUACGAUGAAGACAAAGAAGAAGCUUUAUCCCUUAUUUCUAAUGAAUGCUGUGAAUUAAAGCAAAAAUCACUGAAAGAGAGGGAUGAUUUAGAAAUUUCAGUUUGUGUAACUGAAGGUGAGCUAAGCCACCAUUGUAACUGCAGUGAACAUCAGCCCUAUGACACAAAUUCUAGUAAUGAAUUUUCUGAUGCUGAAAAUAGACAGAGUUUGGUAACAGAGUCUUUUCAGAAGAGUAAGUGCACUGGCACACCAGCUACCUCGCCCAACUGCAAAGCAAUGGUGGAAGCUCAUGAUCUCAAAGAUGAAGGCAGACUCUCUACAGAAGAAAUGCAUUAUGUGUUUGAUAAGUUUAUUUUGACUUCGGGAAAGCCACCAACUAUAGUAUGCAGCAUCUGCAAACGGGAUGGACAUUCCAAAAAUGACUGCCCAGAGGAUUUCAAGAAAAUUGAUCUAAAACCACUACCACCAAUGACAGACAGAUUUCGGGAAAUACUUGAUAUAGUUUGUAAAAGAUGUUUUGAUGAAUUAUCCCCUCCUUUAUCUGAGCAACAAAACAGAGAACAAAUUCUGGCAAGUUUGGAAAGAUUUAUUCGAAAAGAGUAUAAUGACAAAGCCAGACUUUGCUUGUUUGGCUCUUCAAAGAAUGGAUUUGGAUUUCGGGACAGUGAUCUAGAUAUCUGCAUGACGUUGGAAGGCCAUGAAAAUGCAGAGAAAUUAAACUGUAAAGAAAUAAUAGAAGGUUUGGCAAAAGUUCUUAAGAAGCAUCCAGGUUUGAGAAACAUCUUGCCUAUAACAACAGCCAAAGUGCCUAUAGUAAAAUUUGAACACAGACGAAGUGGCUUAGAAGGAGAUAUCAGUUUAUACAAUACACUGGCACAGCAUAACACAAGAAUGCUGGCUACAUAUGCAGCUAUUGAUCCUAGAGUGCAAUAUCUGGGCUAUACAAUGAAGGUUUUUGCAAAGCGCUGCGAUAUUGGUGAUGCAUCCCGUGGUAGUCUGUCUUCAUAUGCCUAUAUUCUUAUGGUUUUGUACUUUCUACAGCAGAGAAAUCCACCAGUUAUUCCAGUUCUUCAGGAGAUAUUUGAUGGAAAACAGAUUCCACAAAGAAUGGUGGAUGGAUGGAAUGCCUUUUUCUUUGACGACAUGGAAGAAUUGAAGAAGCGUCUGCCUUCUCUUGGAAAGAACACUGAAUCACUUGGAGAACUCUGGCUAGGGUUGCUGCGAUUCUACACUGAAGAAUUUGACUUCAAGGAGUAUGUGAUCAGCAUCCGGCAGAAGAAGCUGUUAACUACGUUUGAGAAACAGUGGACAUCCAAAUGUAUUGCCAUCGAAGAUCCUUUUGACUUGAAUCAUAAUCUCGGUGCUGGAGUCUCUAGGAAGAUGACCAAUUUCAUAAUGAAGGCAUUUAUCAAUGGGAGAAAAUUAUUUGGUACCCCAUUCUACCCAACUGUUGGAAGAGAAGCUGAAUACUUUUUUGACUCAAAAGUGCUGACUGAUGGGGAAUUGGCACCCAAUGACAGAUGUUGUCGUGUCUGUGGAAAAAUUGGUCACUACAUGAAAGACUGUCCAAAGAGGAGGAGGUUGAAGAAGAAGGAGAAUGAGAAAGAUGAUGAAAAAGAAGUUAAAGAAGAUGAUAGAGAAACGAGAGAGAAAAGGUGUUUCAUCUGUGGGGAUGUGGGUCAUGUUAGAAGAGAUUGUCCUGAAUUCAAACAAACCCGUCAGAGAAAUAAUAGCGUGCCAGGCACCCAGUUGGUCCGAAGCAUGGUAAAUUCACAGCUAGUGGCUGUGAGUCAGCAGCAAGUGGAACGACCCUUGCGCACUAGACAGUCAUCAGAAUGUUCUGAUUCGCAUCAGUCAUCUUACUCUCCACAACCUCAACAAUUUACACAGAAUUCCUCUCAGCCAGCCUCCAUUAACCAGACUCAGCCACAACCAAUAUCCCAGUCUAAGCACGUUCCGCAACCACAGCAGGGUGCACAGCCACCCCAUCAGGUCCAGCUGCCUUUGUUUAACUUUCCCCAAUCUCCCCCAGGUCAGUAUUCCACCUUGCAUAACCUGGGACUACUUCAGAUGCACCAUCACCAAAUUCAGCUUCCCAACACUUCUUGGCCUAUUCAUGGGCCCGUUAUUCACUCUGCACCGGGUAACCCUCCUCAUUCUACAAAUGUUCCAUUUUCUAUGAGAUCUGGCAGCAGCAGCACCACAAAUAACCAGAGCAGUGUAAGCUUGAAUGAUCCCAGUAUCAUCUUUGCACAGCCUGCUGCCAGGCCCAUGGGAAUCCCCAGCACUUCUCAUGAGGGACACUGGCACAAUCCUGUGACUCCAAACUCACUGGUGAACAAUGGCACUGUGGGGAAUUCAGGUAACUCUUCUCUGUUGUAUCAAACCUCUCGCACUUUGUGUACAAGUGUUAAGUGUUACAGAAACAGCUAACUCUUUCAACUUGUUUUAUAUUAAAAAUACAAUGCUUAAGAAACUAAGUCAUUACCUUCAAUGUCUUAACACUUUCAUAGGAAAAAAAGUUAGGCAAGUUGGAUCAUUGUAACUUUUAGGCAUUGGUCCUAUCUGCCAUUAACAGCUGUGCAACACAUGAGAAAUCAUGCAUUCAACUGAGAAACGUUCCAAUAAUUGUUUGAGCCUAAAGCACAUUUCUGUGAAUAUGUUUACAAAUAUGGUUUCCAUUUAUGUUGUUAUGUAGUUCGUUAGAUGAAUGCUGGGACUGCAGCUACGAACUUUGAGAAUGGUUGUGCAAGUUGAAUAUUGCCUUGUUGCAUUUAGUGCAAUAUAACAUGAUCUUAUGUAUUCUUUUUUCCUUUAGUUUAUCCUGCCACAUUUAACUUCCAUAAUCUCAAUGCUGUUUCCUGAAAAUACUUUAUACAGAUUUUCCCUGUGACAAAUGGGCAACAACCUUUUGCCUCAUACCAAAGCGAAGUACAUUUGUAUGUUUGAGGCUGAGAAAAACAGUAUAUAGUAAUUAAAGCCCAUACACUUUUCUGUGCAACAUAAACUGUAGCAGCCCCUAAAUUUAAACUGUGAUCUUUAGAUGGUGAUAAUGGUCUUUCAAUUUAUUCUGAGUGUGUAACUCCUCCUAUGUUUAAAAAAAAAUAUAUCCAUCAUACAAUAUACUGAUGCAGUCAUUCAUCACAAGAUGGAUAUUUUGAAUCUCCUGCACAGCCUUUCUCUGCACUAAUAAGGUGAUUGACAGCAACAGUAGAUUUUCAGCUGAGUCAAUGGUGUUGGAUGAGGUAUAAUUCACCAAUGAGUUUCAAAUAUUUGUUGAGAUGCUGGAGAUGCAUGUUUUUCUCUUCAGAGCUUUGCGGGGAAUAUAUUUGAGAGAAUACAGAAACUGCUACCAGUGUGUUUUCUGUGCCUUCAGUGUGCUUUGUUCCUACCUCUCCAUUUCUGAUCUUAAUUCUCUGUCCAGGCUCAUCUGUCCCCUCCUCCAUGUCCACACCAGCUCUGACUUUUUCUCAAGCAGCUCCUUCCAACCACAGGUCUUCUUAGCCAGGUAGCUGCCUUCUUUCAGGCAAGCUCCCCAAAUCCUAGUGUCUGCUGCAUUCUCCCUUAACGAGUCCCAUUUCUCAUCAUGUGGCCAGUCAGUCCCUGUCUUCAGUCUUUCUCCUUUUGCUCUUUCUCAGUUUGUUUGCUUCCACUCUGUGCUGGCACAGAAGACUUCCCAGUUUUCUUGUGCUGUCAGUCACAGUAUUUUUUUUCCCUUGCCUCAACUUCCAUCUAUUUCCAGUCUCAUCACACUCCUUUUCCUAGUUCCCAGUUCUUGUGUUUUUCCUCUUUGUAUUUUAAUCAGUUUUGUUUCCUUCUUGGCUUAGAUGCUAUUAAGGUGGGGUCACUGGGUAGGCGCACAGUAGAGAUGAGCUGUCUGCUCUCUGUUUGAAGCCUGCUUUCUUACUUGCUUAGGACAAUUUGGGAACAAUAAGUUAGUGGAAACUUUGUCUUGGCUGGUAUAACCUUGACUUGGAAGAAGUGACUUUGCUUUCUUUUCAGUAGGCAGUUGAUUAGAAGUAGGACCGUUAGAAGUUUCAGACAGACAACUUCUUUUUGUGCAUACUCCAGAGCCACGCUUCAUGUUUUAUUGUAUAAAAGUUACUGUUCUUUUUAGACACAUAGCUUGCUUUUAUUUAAUGAAAGUCUGUCUGCAAGGGUUUUUUUAUGAUGAGCCUGAAGGGGAGCUGAUAUACUGAGUGAUAGUUACUUAAAUUUAUUUAUUUAAUUUUAAAUGUACAUUGAUGAAGUUUUUAAAUUAGCAGGCAUUGCUGUGUCUUAUAAAAUUGGGAGCUAUGAACAAAACGAGCAGGAUUAGCAAUACAGCAUUUGGCAUCAACUGUUGUGUGUCCUGCCUCCUUGGCUGCUUGAUUUCUCAUCCUUAAUGCUGCAGUAACACUGGGUUUGUAAAUGGAAUAGCUUACAAUUUGCGUACUUAUUUUAAAAGUUUUUGUUUUUCUUUCUAGAAGUAAUUUUACGUUGGUCCGAUGAUGUAGAUAUCAAGUUUCUUAAGCAUACAAGUAUUAGUGGAAUUCCAGUGUACAUCUGAGAAUUAUUUCUUGCAGUAGGAUAAUAGCUUUCAUGUCACAGCUGUGUCAGUGAUAGUGAAUAUCUGUGUGGGAUCAGAUAUUAGUAACAUUGUUCAGACCUUGUAUUUUUUAUCAUGAGAAUAACAUAGGAAUAGUGAAAUUGUAGGUCUUGAUUUUAAUACUGAUUCAUCCUCUGUCUUCCUCCCCAAUAAAUUCUAUUAUAGUGAAUAAUGAAGUAAUUUAGGUGGUAAUUUUUAUUGUUGUAUAAUUAAAAAAAAAGAAAA